CGUGGCUGGGCUUACACAUGCUGGGAGCAUGCUGUACACUAUCAGCACUCUGCACGGCACUAAGGUUGCAUCAGAGCGUUAAUCUCCAAAAACACUUCACAGAAGGGCCCAGGAAUCAAUCAAUGGCCUAUCUAAGUCCACCGAACUCUCCAGAAAGCAAGACAAUGGAAUCUGAUGGAAUGUCACUACAGGACGCUGGAGCUCUCGACAGACGAACGACUACAGCCGUGGAAUCAUUGCUACGACUUGGCAACAGUCCCUCUCCCACCCCCCAGUCUAAUCAAUGGCGUCCCCCGUCACCCUCGCCCUCUGUUAUCAGUGGAAGUCCAGACAAUCAACUCUCACCCCUCAGGACCACCACUGAUGAAGGAAUUGCUUCGAAAACUCCCUCCCUCCCCACACCAAUGAUGCCAAGUGUAGGAAUUCCUAUCCUGCCCACCACUCUCAUACCAUCCUUCAUGAGUUCUAUGACCAGCAAUGGAGUUCCUAUCACCAUCAAUGGACAAUUUUUUCCACCGGGAAAAGUGGUAGUACUCUCGGAAGCCAACCAGCAAGCCAUCACACAACUUGUACAGACAAACCCUACACUCUCUGUGGUCCCUGUUCUAACCUCUUCUCCUGAAAUAAGUGACCCACCAAGCCCAACCUCUUCUGUUGAUGAUGACAGAGCGAAACCGUUUUCCUGCCAAGUCAGCGGGUGUAGCAAGAUGUAUUACAAGAGCUCGCAUUUGAAGGCGCAUAUGAGAAUACACACUGGGGAAAAACCGUACCUGUGUUCGUGGGAGGGGUGUGAAAGACGUUUUGCAAGAUCCGAUGAACUGGCUCGUCACAAACGCACACACACUGGAGAGAAAAAGUACGAAUGUCCAAUGUGUAAUCGAAAAUUUAUGCGAAGUGAUCAUCUGUCAAAACAUGCCAAGAGGCACUUGGCAGUUAAGAAAGUUCCUCUGUGGAAGCAAGAAGUGGAAAAGUUAAAGCAGAUGCAACUGAGUCAAAGUCAAGCAUAAACUCUUCUCUGUAAUGUCCGUUCAUUUUUGUAUUUUUGAGAUUCACAAAAUUCACAACGUCAUUUUACACGAGCUACAUUUACACGUACUGUCAGUACACUAUAGCUUACUCGCAUACCAUCGAACUGUCACUAUCCACACUAUCACAUUCACACACUGUCUUGUGUUUCAUGUUUUUGUUCCACUAUUACAUCAUAUUUUUGUAUUCAACUCAUCCUCAGUUCAGACAUUCCACUUUUAACUAUUGCACUUAGUAUAGUGUUUGGCUUGUCAGUAUAUAUUAUACUCCUUUUUGUGUGAAACAAA